AUGGAGAAGUACACAAAAAUUAAAGAAGUCGGGAGUGGAAGCUUUGGGGUUGUUUGGAAAGCAAUGAACAAGUUCACGGGUGAAUUUGUCGCUGUGAAGGUGAUUAAACAGAGUUUUGAUUCAUGGACUUGGGAAGAUUGCCUGAAUCUCAGAGAAGUAAAAGCCCUGAGGAAGAUGAACCACCCCCACGUGGUGAAGCUCAAAGAACUGAUCAAGGAACAGGGCACUCUGUACUUCGUAUUCGAAUUCAUGGAUUGCGACCUACUGCAGCUGAUGAUCGAGAAACAGAGGAUGGGAGGAGCCAAGUUCUCAGAAUCCAUGGUGAAAGAUUGGUGUUUCCGAGUUUUCCAUGGACUUUCCCACAUGCAUCAACGCGGAUACUUCCAUCGGGACCUCAAGCCGGAGAAUUUACUACUCUCCGAAGACGGCGUGAUCAAGAUUGCUGAUAUGGGACUUGCCCGGGAGAUUGAUUCUAACCCUCCAUACACAGAGUACGUCAUGACACGGUGGUAUCGAGCACCAGAAGUUAUGCUUUGCUCGAAGAAUUACGGCCCUGCUGUGGAUAUGUGGUCAAUGGGGGCAAUCAUGGUUGAACUGUUUACUCUGUCUCCCCUGUUUCCGGGAAUGAAUUCGCGGGAUCAGAUGCAUAAGAUAUGCUCCGUUUUGGGGACUCCAACCGAGAAAGAUUGGCCGGAAGGUAUCCGACUUGCUAACGCUCUGAACUACAAAUUCCCUCUGUGCGACGGCAUCUAUCUCCCUGCUUUCAUCCCUUGUGCAAGCCCAGACGCAAUAGAUCUGAUUCAAUCACUCUGUUCGUGGGAUCCGAACAAGAGGCCAUCUGCAGCGCAGGCGCUUCAACAUCCCUUUUUCCGGAGCUAUUAUCGAAUUCCAGCACCAUUAAGGGAGAAAUAUUAUCAGAGCAAUUUGAAGAAGCAACCGCCAAUUCAGCGGCCAGUACAUUUGAAGAUAAACCAACAAUCCAAUGUGUGCGAUGGACAAUCUGAAGUGAUGCUUCCUCACAAGAAGCUGGAAUUUCAGUUACCCCUUUGUUAA